CUUAUCUAAAAAACUUCAAGCGGAACAAGGCUUUGUGUAGUAAAGCUUAAUAUUCGCUUUUUAGCGAUGGCGAUGCGGCACUUAAUUGAAUAAUAGCAAUGAAAUAUAAAUAAAGCUGUAUGCUGAAUGUAACUGUGCCUACAAUGAAUUUAAUUUAGAAGGAAAAUGAACGAUAGCGUAGCAGAAUGUACAGAAACUCUAGAUCCUCGAGUGCAGAUCGAGUUAGAACGCCUGAACACAGCAACAGAUGAGAUUAAUAGGCUUGAGGUAGAAUUAGAUGAAGCCCGCCUGGCUUUCCGCCGUCUUCUUGCCGAGGGACAUUUAAGGAUACAACAGCUUACUAAGAAGCUUGGAACUAGCGUGCACAAAGCCAGACCCUACUAUGAAGCUAGAUUCAGAGCUAAUAUUACCUCCCAGGAGUUGCAUACCGCUAACCUGGCUUAUGACAAAGCGAAUAGUGCGCAUGCUGCUGCUAGGGAAAUGGUGUAUCUGGCGGAGCAAGGUCUGGCCAGACUGGCCGAUGGCUCCGGGGGAUUCACCUUGGACCCCGCAUGGCAGGAAAUGCUUAACCACGCAACACAUAGAGUCAACCAAGCGGAAGCGGACAGGGCGUCAGCGACGGUGACGCAGCGGACUAAAGCGGGUUCACACCGGGCGGCCACGGCACUAGUGCAGCAGUUGCAGAACGGACUUAAGAGACAUAUCGCUAAGUCACGGCCCUACUUUGAGGAGAAGGCUCGUAUCAAUUCGUCGCUGGAGAGUCAGAAGGCUAGAAUACAGAGUCUAGAACAACAAGUGUGUGAAGCCAAACAGAGAUACUCAACAGCCCUAAGGAAUCUUGAGCGGAUAUCAGAUGAGAUACACAGGCAUCGGUCCAGAAGACAGUCGACCAGGAAUGACAUAGAUCGUUCAACAAUAACGGACACGAGCGAGUCCAACGCCAGCGAGGCCCUGGAGGAGAUUACCAACAACGACGAGAGUGUGAGGGAGUGGCUGAGACGAGCGGACCGCAGCGACCCCGACACCUGGACAGAGAUAGACCUGGACUAUUCCAGCCCUGAGGAGAUAAGCUUCGAGAAAUGUUCCCUUCGACCGAGAUCGACCCCCGAGAAGACUUCCCCACCCAGUCCCUUUGAGUCCAAAGUGUCGGCGGCGUCGCCCCGGCGGAUCAUACUCGGCGACAGGGGCGGGGACCGGGGCGCCGCCCUGCGAGCCGAGCUGGAACGAGGAAGGCGUCAGAGUCUAGACGACCUCAUACAUGACACCGGAGAGAAAGUCAAAGAAAUGUUCCAAGGUCUGUCCCUGUUCGGCGAGCGUCGCGGGUCAGGGUCUGCGCCCCGCACGCCCCGGCGCUCCCCGCCCCGCCCCCGCCGCUCCCCCGCACCGGACGGGACCUCGUCCGCCUCCGACGAACGCUACUCAGACACCGACAGUCUGGCGAGUGUGGAGAUGUUAACAGAUGAGCAGAUAGCGUCCUUAAUGCUGGACGCUCAGCUGGAGGCUGUAUGUGAACGGCUGGCAGGCGUGGUUCCGGACAGAUAUUGAAAAGUACACCUUAAACUAAGUGCAUAGAGCUCAUUUUACAUUGCUGUACGAAAAUAUACCUUUUGUACACUGUAUAGGGCACAUAUUAGAUUGUUCUGCUUACAACAACAGUAGGAGUAAUCGAAAAACUGAUAUAAAAUUACACUAUGUGAACAUUGAAAAUGAUCUUUAUGUCAAGGGAAUAAAGUAUAACACUGUAUGUAAUAUAUGCAUAAUCGCCUUUACGCACUCCUUCACAUAUAUAUUGUGAUUUUAGUAAAAUGCGCUUUAUGUUGAUUGCAUGUAGUUCAUAUUACAAUGCACUUAUAAUCGGGAGAUCCCGAUUAAUAAUUAUGCUAUAAUAAAGCUCAUUAUCGCUUGAUAUUUAAAAAAACAUACAUAAAAUACAAUUAUUUCUAAGCAGUGCUUAGCGAAAAUGAAUCUUAUGCUAUAUUAAAAUACGUAUGUAGUUAAUUUAGAACUAUAGUGUCUGGCGGCGGAAUUUGAUCUUUAACUUGUAUGUGAUAGAGUUCAAAUUAUAGCGAAAUACUCAACGCAAUAUCACAGUAACUAUAAGAUUAUUUGAUUUUUUUUAUUAUAUGAUUAUGAAUCUUAUUCUUGCCGGAAGAAUCUCGUAAGGCCAAAAUAAAAUUACACCCUAUAUAGUGACUAUAAAUAUGGCGGGUCGCUGAGAAAAAAAAUUCCUAUUGAGACUAUAUUUAAGGAAUUAUUUUAUUACUUCAGUCACUGUUCUGCCGAUAUGUAUUGACAGAUUAUAUUUUUUUUAUACCCGCAUAAUAAAUGUUUAAUUUUCUGAAAAUAUUCAUAAUAUAAUCUUCAUUUUGUUUAGGUCUUCCAUAAUAGAAGGAAACUAAUGUUGUUACAGAAUAAUGAAAUGUUUAUUGAAAUUAAUUAGUUUUAAGUAGUUCUGGAGACGCGCGUUCUGUGUGCGGGGAUGGAACGAGUAAGUGUCAGAAUCAUUUUAUUUAUUAGGUGACGUUUUUAAAAACAUAAUUGUAUUUAUGAAAUUAAUAGACAAUAUUUUUAUUUUUUUUUUGUAAUAUUAUUUUAUAUGUAAAAUUCGUUUUGAAAAUAAGUUGUAAAUAUAAUAGAAACGAAAUUGUUACCUAGUGCUGUAAGUUUAUUGUGUUACGCUUGUAGGUCGCACAACGUCGAGAAACGCGGGAGUUCGUCUCACGUCAGCUGGUUUUAAUGUAUUAGAUUGUACGAAAUCAGCAUUUUCCAUACAAGUAUAUGUUUAAUAAAAAUUAUAAAGACAGUAUUACAUAGUUUAGUCUUUGAUAGCUGUAUAUAUAUAUAUAUAUAUUUAAAUGAAAUUAAAUGUUGAGUAAAAUCUCAUUGGAACUAAUAAAGGUUUGAUUUUUAAAUAACAUAAAAAAAAUUGUAUUUACUUUUGGAAAAUGUUGAUAUAGAUUAUCAUGAUAAGUCAUGAUGAUCGUGAUUCAAAAAGCCAUGACCUUUAUAAUUAAUAUUGAUAGUUAAUUUUAACAUGUGGCUGUCCGUGUAUUACGUCAUGGAUGGUUGCUGAUAUCGCCCCCCUUCACAAUCAUCCUAAUGUUAUGUUCUUAUCCCCCCCCCCUCCUCCUCUCGUAAACACUGACGCCAUUACCAGUUUGACUGCGAGCGGAACUUCCCAGAUUGCACUUUUCACAAAUUAGUAGUGAACACUAGCAGUCCCAUACAGAAUACUCCUAUUGUAUUCGCAUUUAUAAUAAAAAGUAAAAUGUGCAACUGCGACUGCCUGAGACGACGGUUAGCCUCACUGUAGUGCAACAUACUAUAGUACCCUUCGGAGUAGCUACUAUCACGAGAGUGACGUCAAUUUGGAAAGCCCCCCCCCCUUUAUCCGCGCCCCACCUCCCCAACUUAGAAUGACGUGUUAUAUGAACGGCCAGUAUUGAGUACAUUAUCAGUUCAUUUUUACACACAGUGAUCUCAAUUGUAUAUAAAGUACUACAGAAAACGAUUGUAAUUGAACAUAUCUCGGAAUUUAAAAUAAUAUAUGUAUGUUUAAAAUAUUUUUUGCAGCUAAUUUUUUUUUUGUUACGUAUGUUUUUUGUUCGUACAUAUGUCUGAAUACUAGAUUUAUUUUGAAUGGCAUAGUAUAAGUGAUUUGUAUUUUAAUAUGUUUUUAAGAAUAUUAUUAUCAUCGCUUAUACUUUAUAACAUUACCUGAAAUAAAUAUGUGAAGAAUUCCUUAUAUUUUAACAUAUUUUAAAAUGAUUACAAUUUAGUUAUUUUUUUUUGAACCUCUGUUUGUAACGUAUGUAUAUUGAUAAGUCAAUUAUAAGACUAGUUUUGAGUUUAAUUCCAUGUAUUUCGUUUCUGCAUUUCACCUAACGAUAUAGAGAAUGCAAUAAUUAAACAUAAAAGUUUAGAUUUACGCGAGAAUAGCUUUAAAUAUUAUUAUUUUUGCCGUUGUGAUAUUAAACUGUACAAAAAUUAGCCGUAACACAAUAAAUAGUUUAGAUAAAGAAUAAAAACUUCAGAUGAAUAAAUAUGUAGGAUAUA